CGGGAAAAGGAGUUUUUUUUUUUUUUAAAAAAAGGAAAAGUUUUUCUUUCAAAAGAACAAGUUUAAGCUUAUUUGGCGAGUUAACAGCAACCUACUCUCCAGUCCGCAGCGAAAUAACUGAGAUCCAAUCAUGGCAAAAAACAAAAGUGGCUACACUCGCUUUGAAAACCCUCCUCAGUACAGUGAGGUGAAUCAGGAGCUGCCGGGCUUCAUGAUGCCACCGCCACCUUAUGAUGCUACUGUUCCACAUGGAAGAUCGAAUUCUGGUGUUCCCGUCGUUGUACCCGUCGCUCCCCCAUAUGCUCCACCGACUGCUUUUGGGAAUCACAUGUACAGACAGGGAGUCUCUGGACAGCAUCCAUAUCCUACAGCAGCCCCUUACAUUACAGAUCCUUACAAAGGCGGACUGUACAAAAAGCCACUUCCAUAUGAAGUUGCAAUGGGACACUGCGAUCCUUACCCAGACUAUGAAAAGAAGGAGUUUGCCAGCUCAGGACUUGAUAAUAAAGCUGUCAGAAGACUGUUCAUUCGGAAGGUUUUUUCUGUCUUGAGUCUUCAGUUGGCCAUCACCUGUGGCUUCGUGGCCGUGUUCACUUUUGAGCGUCACGUCAAGCUAUUCGUGAAGCAGAAUGCCUGGACGUAUUUGGCUGGCUACGUAGUCUUCCUGGUGCCCUACCUAGUGAUCCUGUGCUGCGGAGAGUUUCGCAGGAAGCAUCCGUGGAACCUCAUUUGUCUGAGUAUCCUGACGCUGGCAUUGUCCUACAUGGUGGGUGUGGUCUCCAGCUUCUACGACACUGAUAUCGUGAUGAUGGCCCUCGGCAUCACUGUGCUGGUCUGCUUCACGGUCAUCGUCUUCUCUCUGCAGACCAAAUUUGACUUCACUUCCUGUUACGGCGUGCUGUUCGUUUGCUUCAUCGUCAUGCUGUUCUUCGGGAUCCUUUGCAUCUUUCUGUACCACAGGAUUCUGGACCUCAUCUAUGCAUCUCUGGGUGCACUGGUCUUCACCUGCUUCUUGGCCGUGGACACGCAGCUGCUCCUCGGGAACAAGAAUCUGUCCGUGAGUCCCGAGGAAUACAUCUUCGCCGCGCUCAACCUGUAUCUGGACAUCAUUCAAAUCUUCUCAUUCAUUUUGCGAAUCUUUGGAAAAGGCCGUGGCUAAAAGUGCACAAGUAAAGAAAGAAAGCCAUGCGACAGGGCUGGGUAAAAAAUAUCGAUUUCUCGAUAUUAAUCGAUCACUCUAGCCUGUUUUCAGAAGAACGAAACAUUGUAGCGUGUCUCCCGUCCAAUAAAUCGCAAUGAGCUUUGUGAUUUGUUACUUCUGAUAUGAAACAAA